AUGCCUGUUCCUACUAACUUGCCACACAAGCACCAUGACGAAAUUAAUGAUCAAGGAUUCACCGUUGUUAGAAACUUUUUAACGCCACAAGAGAUUGAAAGAUACAUUAAAGCCAGUGAAGAUUUAGUUGAUUAUGCUCGUGCUGGUAACUGGCCCUAUGUGAGAACCAGAGGUAAACAAUUCCCACCAUGGCCCAAAAAUUUCAGUCCUGAUAUUUGGGGAGUAACUGGCUUACUUCAUCCUGAUUUAGGAGAAUUGUCUUACCCUUUCCAUGACCUCUAUGCCAAUGAUAAGAUCUUGUCGAUUGUUUCGGAUAUCUUGCAAAUUGAGAAAGAUCAAAUUUCAAUGGAGUUGUUGAAUAUGUUGAUUAAUCCAUUGACUGAUUUCGAUUUGGAUUGGCAUCGUGAUACGAUUAAACCGGAGGUAACUCCCGAACAAGAAGCAAAAGAACUAUUGGAAAAUCCAUUUGCUGGUGCGCAAUUCAAUUUAGCAUUGACUAAUGAUGAUUGUCUCAUUGUUGUUCCUGGAUCUCAUAAGAGAUUACGAACACAAGAAGAGAGAGACAAGACCGUUGAUGGAUCAAGAAGAAAAGAAUAUAUCACUGAUCAAAUUUUUGUCAAUUUGAAACCUGGUGAUAUUGUGUUUUAUAACAACAACAUUUUACAUCGUGCUUCGUACUCGUCAAAGAAUAAGAGGUUGACCUUGCAUGGAUCUUAUGGGAAUGUCAAAUAUGGUAAAGCUAGAGCUAAAGGUGUUUUGCAGCACGGUGUUGCUGAAUGGUUACCUCGCUUACAACCAAAGAACGAGGAUUUGGAAAUGUUGAAGUUAAAAUUGGUUGAUUUGUCAAAAGAGUUUGAUGGAGUCAACUUGGGAUUUGCUUUAGAUGGUUAG